AUGACAAGUAAUAAUAACGCUGUACCCAUUGAUCAUCCCGAGUCUUUCAAACAUCAACAACCUCCGUCCACACCUCGCGAUGCAAGAAUCAUUGCAAUAUUAUUAGCCUCAAUGGGAGUUCAAUCUGCCUCUGAAGGUGUCGUCAGAGUCCUCAUGGAAUUUGCUCAUCGAUACACCGUAGAUAUUCUCUCUGAUGCUAUGGUUUAUGCUGAUCAUGCCGGCCGAGCACACGCAGCUCAUGGUCCAGAUGUCGAAGAUGUUCGUCUUGCAGUACAAGCAAAAGUAGAGCAUUCCAUGAGCGGACCAAUGAGUAAAGAAUUUCUUCUCAAUCUUGCCGAUACUCUCAAUCGGACCUCAUUACCUCCCAUACCUGAGCGAUAUGGGAUCCGUUUACCUCCGGAGAAAGAUCGCCUCACUGCGCCUAACUUUGAUAUCGCACCCAAGGCACCCUCAUCGACAACCGAUCAACCCAUUAACGCUGAUGAGGAUAUGUUUGGAGGACUGGACGAUGAUGAUGAUGACGAUGAUAGCGAUAGUAGUAGUGAUACAGAAACUGGACUUUCACCCAUCACCACAGUCAACGGCAAUGGUGCCAAUCUUGAUCAUGGCAAAAGAAGACUGGAAGAUAUGGAGGAUGAUGAUUAUGACUGA